UCCACCCCACCUCUUCUCCUUCUAGUUCUUCUUCUUCUUCGCCUUCCGCACUCUCGAAGCUCUUGCCAUUGAUCGAUCAAUAGCCAAUUCUCCUAAGGACCAAGCACUCCAAGUGUCAUUUGUAGCGAGAUGGCGAUCCCGGUGAUUGACUUCUCCAAGCUGAAUGGUCCUGAGAGGGCUGAGACCAUGGCGGCCAUUGCCACCGGGUUCGAGGACGUGGGGUUCUUCCAGCUGGUGAACACUGGCAUCCCUGACGAGCUGCUGGAGAGGGUCAAGAAGGUGUGCAGCGACUGCUACAAGCUGCGGGAACAGGGCUUCAAGGAGUCCAACCCUGCGGUGAAGGCCCUCGCCGAGCUUGUGGAGAAGGAAGGCGAGGGACUCGCACCAAAGAAGAUCGAGAACAUGGAUUGGGAGGACGUCUUCACCCUCCAUGACGACCUGCCAUGGCCUUCCAACCCUCCUGCCUUCAAGGAGACGAUGAUGGAGUACCGCAAGGAGCUGAAGAAGCUGGCGGAGAAGAUGCUGGGGGUGAUGGAGGAGCUGCUGGGGCUGGAGGAGGGGCACAUCAAGAAGGCCUUCUCCAACGACGGCGACUUCGAGGCCUUCUACGGCACCAAGGUCAGCCACUACCCGCCGUGCCAACGGCCAGACCUCGUCGACGGCCUGCGCGCGCACACCGACGCCGGCGGCCUCAUCCUGCUGUUCCAGGACGACCGCUUCAGCGGCCUGCAGGUGAAGCUCGCCGACGGCCGCUGGGUCGACGUCCAGCCCCUCGAGAACGCCAUCGUCAUCAACACCGGCGACCAGAUCGAGGUCCUGAGCAACGGGCGGUAUAAGAGCGCGUGGCACCGCAUCCUGGCGACCCGCGACGGCAACCGCCGCUCCAUCGCCUCCUUCUACAACCCGGCGCGCCUGGCGAACAUCGCUCCGGCGACCCCAGACGCCGUCGAGGGCGCCGCCGACUACCCGAGCUUCGUGUUCGGCGACUACAUGGAGGUGUACAUCAAGCAGAAGUUCGGGCCCAAGGAGCCAAGGUUCGCGGCCAUGGCGACUGCGACAAAGUGACCAGCUGCUGCUGGGAGCUUCCAGCCAGCUGCGCAGCGUCAGUGAUAUGAUCUGGACCUGCGAGCUUAAUUACUCUGGAUUAUAAGUUAUUAAUUGUGGGAUUAUGGUACGGGCUUGUACGAUAAGUAGGUCGUUAAGUGUGUGUGUGUGUGUGUGUAGAAGGGACGUGUCAGAGAUACGUGUUAGUGUGCCAUGCAGCGAGCAGUCACAAGAAUAUAUUUCUAUUGUGACAGAUAAGUUUGCAGUGAGCUGUGGUCAGCGGGUGCCAGAGUGAAUUGUAGCUUAAAAUAGCAUCUGCGAGGUUUCUUUUUCCUCCUUUUAAUUUUUCUACACUUUUAUUUUCAAUUUGAGUGGUUUGUAAUUGUACAUUACUGGGAAACCAUACACAUUAAAUACAGUUUCAGUUUGGCUUAUGCAA